GAGCUUUAGGCGCUAAAAUAAGCUGAAAGUACGUCAUGAGCAUCUAUCACGACGAGGUGGAGAUCGAGGACUUCGAGUACGACGAGGAGGAGGAGAUGUACUACUAUCCCUGUCCAUGCGGCGAUCGAUUUCAGAUCUCCAAGGAGGAGCUAAUCGAGGGCGAGGAGGUGGCCACCUGUCCCAGCUGCUCCCUAGUCAUCAAGGUCAUAUACGAUCCGGAGAUGUUCAAAGCUGAGGAGGAUGAAGAAAGUGCGCUGAACGAGAAGCUCGGCGACCUGAAGCUCGAGAAGAACUAACACACAGUUUGGUGUAAUUAAAUAGUUUUUAUUCAUAUAUUUUUUUAUAUAUAUAUAGACUUCAUUUUAGUGUAAAUAAUACGUUGACUAGUAAAACAAUGAUUUCAAAUUA